AGCAUUCAACGGUCGCCACGCAGAGUUGACGUGUAUUUUGUUGGUGCUCUGAAAACUUCCUAUAUCACAUCAUCCAGUUGUCAGAGCUAAACAUAAUUUAAAUAGUAUUGAAUCGACAUUUUGGGAAAUUGAAAGUGUUGUGUGACUCUGAAACAUUCCGGGACAAUGUCUGGAGAGAUUUCCAUGAUUGGUUCGGUGAUCCUGGCCCUGUUUCUGGCUGGUUAUCUGGGCCAACAGUACCUACCACCACCCAAACCUAAAGUGAUCGGCCUGGACCUGGGCACCACCUUCUGCUCUGUGGCUGUCUUCCACCCGGGCGUCGGGGAUGUGGAGGUUAUAGCAGAUGAAGAGGGGAGGAGAAGCAUCCCCAGCGCCGUCUCGUUUACCACCACUGCGGUGCUGGCUGGACACGAAGCCGUGGACCUGGCCGACAGCAACCCUCAAAACACUAUCUAUGACGCCAAGAGGUUCAUAGGGAAGGUGUUUGAGGCUGAGGUGUUGGAGCAGGAGAGUGCUCGGUACCCAUUUAAGGUGAUUAACAACAAUGGAAGUGCAGAGUUUUCCAUCUCCACCAACAGCACCUUCACUGUGACCCCAGAGUUCAUUGGCUCCAGGCUGCUUCUGAAAUUGAAGAAGAUGGCAGAGAGACAGCUCAAUGUGCCGAUUCAGAAAGCUGUCAUAUCAGUGCCUGCUGAAUUUGACGAGAGACAGAGGAACUUCACUGUCAGGGCGGCCAAUCUCGCUGGCUUGGAGAUCCUGCGUGUGAUCAAUGAGCCCACAGCUGCAGCGAUGGCCUACGGUCUGCACAAGGUGGAUGUGUUCAACGUGCUGGUGGUGGACCUCGGGGGAGGAACCCUGGAUGUGUCUUUACUCAACAAACAGGGAGGCAUGUUUCUCACCAGAGCCAUGGCAGGGAAUAACAAGCUGGGAGGUCAAGACUUCAGCCAGAGAUUGCUCCAGUACACCACAGAGCGCGUACGACAGGAGUUUGGCAUCCCACCCACUCUGAAAGAAGACAUUCACCGUCUCAGACAAGCUGUCGAAGCAGCCAAGCUCAACCUCACCCUUCAGCCUGAUACCACCAUCAGGGUGCCUCUGCACCUUCACACCCAUGACAGCUCUGGCUCAUCCGAGGGUUCUCCCCCUUCUCUGGUUCUCUUCCAGUCUGUGAUAACUCGCGAGCUCUUCGAAGAGCUCAACGAGGAUCUCUUCCAGAAAAUCUUGGCACCCAUCGAGACGGUGUUGUCCGAGGGCCACCUGGAGAAGGAGGAGGUUGAUGAGAUUGUUCUGGUUGGAGGGUCCACCAGGAUACCCCGGAUUAGGAGGCUGAUCAGCGAGUACUUCGGGAAAGAGCCGAACACAUCAGUAGACCCUGACCUGGCUGUGGUUACAGGUGUGGCCAUCCAGGCAGGGAUCAUGGGCGGCUCCUGGCCUUUACAAGUGAGCGCCAUAGAAAUCCCAAACAGACACUUACGCAAGACAAACUUCCUCUAAUCUUUGUCAGAGUUAUUUAUUCCAGUAAAAGGGAUGCCUCACAGACUUACCGUAACCAUUUCAUGGUUAUCUUCUUUGAUCCUGAGGGUAACUGAAGCAGACCAGUUUGACUGUUAUGCAUUUCUAACAUGCUCACAUUCUUUUUUGUCUCGUGUGCACAGAGACCAUCUGUGAGAGUGUACAAACCUGUUCUGAAAUUGAAAGCUACUCUUUUGCACACACGCUGAUUUGUUAACCUCGAGAUGCGUGCGAAAGGGUUCUUUCUCACUUAUCUACUGACACAAUCAGCUUCAUUUGAUGCUCACUCAUGUUAGAUCCUCUAAUGAUGUUCAAAUCAGGGAGCAGACAUUUAUUUUCAAAGUACUUAAAGACUUGCCAGAGCAGCCUCAUCUAUUUAUUUAUUUAUUCCCAUGUAACCUGUGUGUGUGUGUGUGUGUGUGUGUGUGUGUGUGUGUGUGUGUGUGUGUGUGUGUGUGUGUGUGUGUGUGUGUGUGUGUGUGUGUGUGUGUGUGUGUGUGUGUGUGUGUGUGUGUGUGUGUGUGUGUGUAAGAUGGAGAGAUAGUGUGUGUUUUGUAGGCCUUUAACACAUUUUUACAUCUUUCCAUCAAAUGUUUGCAUACAGUGCACUUAUGUCUGUGAUGAAAAGCUUCUAUAUUGUUGGAACUGAAGUUUCAGAGAGCUGAUGUAAGGCUCUGCAUAAAGUCACAGACUUUAUAGCUUCAAAUGGAAGAUGUCAUUGAGAAUACGCCAUCAUUCACAAAUCAUUUAAAAGAGGUCACUUCGAAACAGACGACUCACUUGUUGGAACUACUUCAAAUAUAAUGCAACCCAUUUGAAGAAGUAAAGAUUGCAUUAGCUGUCAGUGAAAGAGGAGUGACGCACAGUGCUGCACUUUGAGAAUUUCCUCUUGUUGGCCAACUUAUCCUUUUUUUUUUUUUUUAAUACAGCAUAUUCUAUUUAAAAGAUCAUGUCUCACACUUUCCAACCAGCUAAUUUUUUUUUUGUUGCACAUCAGAGUGAAGUAUUUGCUUUUUUGCUACUAUAGGUAGAGGAGUAGACCCUGGUGAUCUUUCAGAAGGACCAAAGCAUUACUUUCUGGUACCUUGUGUACCUGAUGAUGAGGAAGAUGAAAGAAAAAAAAAACAUAAAACUGGAAACUUAAGCUGCCUACAUUCCUUUCAAAAAGUAUCUUAACUUAUUGUUUGUCACAUGUUCAUUUAUUUCAAGUUCUUUUAGUCUGUGAAAUUUGAAUCGGUCGUUUCUGUGUCACAAAGCCUUUAUUAAAUAUGAUGCAAAGUUGUUUUCCUUUUACUGUACAGAUCAUUUAUUGACCUCUGUUGAAACAGGGGGAACAUCAACUCUAUGAUUAGGAUCUAUUUUUCUAUCCACACACAUUAAGAGUCAAGACACAGGUUUCACCUUUCAGUCAAAUAAAACUCAACUUGUCAUCUUC